CGCUGUUUCACAUGUUUUAGUGAUCGAUGUUGUUCCAAAAUUGUGUGAGUAGAGCUGCAGAAAACUAGCUUUUGGGCCGAACGAUUAGGCAUUCUUCUUGAUGGACUAGCUGCAGCAGUCUAAAGUGAAAUCCAUGAACCUCUUUUGAUUUCAUGAUGAAUUUGUCUGCAAUUUGCGGCUGCUAGAUAACUAGAAAGUUGUAAAACCAAUGUCUUGCUUCAAUAUUGUUUGACAAUGAGUUUGUAUCCAUCAACCCUUAAGUUUAUAAGAAAUUACUUUGAUGUAAUGUCAACCUGUGUCAACAAUGAACAAAGAAAUCUUACUCUAAAUUUUUGACUGAAGGAGGUAGGAUUAGAGUCACACUGUUGUUGUUAAAUAAAAGUGAAACUCUUCACUUAAUCAGAAUAAACUGGUGUUACCAGAAACCACCCAAAAUGUCUGCAACAAAAGAGAAACAGUUUUCCUGUGAUGUGUGUACCAAGGAGUUUUCUCUAAAAUGUGGCCUACAGCAACACUUGCGAACUCACACUCGGGAGAAGCCGUUUCUGUGCCAUUGGUGUGGAAAGGCCUUCUCCCAGAUCGGCAACUUGAAGACUCAUCAUUUGCAACACACUAACGAAACACCCUUCAAAUGUCAUACGUGUGGUGCUGGCUUCCGUAAUCAAACCAACAUGCAGAAACAUCAAAGAGUCCAUAGGAAUCCCUUCUUAUGCAAGGACUGUGGGAAAUCUUUUAAGACAGUUGACCGUUUCCGUGGCCACCAGAAGAUUCACGACAAUGUCAAGCCUUUCGGCUGUGACUCCUGCCCAAAGGCCUUUGUCAGCAAGAGCAAGCUUCUCGCACACAGCCGAGUCCACACCAAAGAAAAACCGUUCACCUGUGAGAUCUGCAACAAGACCUUUUCCCAAAAGAGCGCCGUCAAAACGCACCGAAAAGUCCACGCGGAAGAAAAACCUUUUCUGUGUGAUACAUGCGGUAAGCGUUUCACCCAGAAGGUGAACCUUAAAAACCAUCAAGCCCUUCAUGCCAAGGAGGCCAAUUUUGAAUGCGAAACUUGCCAUGAAAGAUUCGAGGACCAGGCUUCCUUGGACGGACAUUGUCAGGGUCAUUUAGAGAUGCUCAAGUCUCUUUAUAUCUGCCAGAUUUGCAGCGAGAGUUUUGACGGGAUAGAUGAGUUUGAGGAACAUGAGAGGGGUCACCUCGGGGAGCACCUCCUGGCUAACAUUGACAAAGAUGAGCUUGCUAGACUCAUGCAGGAGACACUUCUGACACCUCUUCCUUGGAUGAUAGAUAGGACGCUUGAUGCAGGGCCUCAUGAUAACCAAGCCUCAAAAUAACCCACAGCACCCACAACAAUAAGCCAUCUGCGUUUUAGAUUUGACUUAUGUCUGGUACAAUUACUUUUUUUCGUCAUAAGUUACGGCUUACAUUUGAAUUCCAUUGACAAUAGAGACAGCUGGUACGUCAAAUGGUUCAGGGCAAGCCUUGGCAUAGCACCCUCCAGAUGAGCAAAGCCUGGUGCCAUCCACAUUCAUUCAGAAUUGUGUAUGGGUGUUCACCAUCUCCUACGCAAAGUACUACCCAAAAGCUUGUCCUGAAUCAUGUGACAUAGAGACUAAAUACAUGUACAUGUGUAUUUGAGGAUUUAAAUUUAAGUGGUAACUUGUGAUCAAGCGCGUCAUUGCAAACAUGCAAAUAGCUUGUUGGCGUGGUGCCCCCUGCAAAGUUCCAAUUAAAUUUUUCCUCAUAGAAGUGCCCCAUACCAUACCAAAGGAAAAUUGCUGUGUCCAUUCAAGAACCAAGUUCCAGACCUGCAUUCAUUGAGCUCAAGAACUUCCUUCUUGAGGAUGCACUCAAAGUUGCAUCGCCAAUUUUAUUUUUCUUGUUCAUCAAAGGACCCACUAAAAUUCUGGAUUUUGAUAAUUGAUUGUGUUUCAAUACGAAAAAGAAAGAAAUAUUUCUGUGUAUGUCCAGCACAAUGGGAUGGGACUUUCUAUUUAAGGGAUACAAUAAGAAGUUGCAAUGUCAAGUAAUGUCAGUGGUUACAAUAGUCUAAUUUAAAUUGCUGUCAAAAUUUUAACAUUGAAAUGACUGACAAACAUACUAUAAUUUAUUUUGUGAUUUCUUUUCUUUUAAUGAAGCACAGAUGGAUCAUAACAAUAAUAAAAAUGUAACAUUUCUAUGUAGAAAAUUUCUGAAAGAUUUAAGUUGUUGUUUACUGCUGGUGUGCAGUGUCUAGUGUGACCCAACCCAACAUACACAUGAAAUAAAAAGUCUGUGAAAGUUAAGCUCAAGCAGUUUUUUGAGUCGCAAAAAAACAAAAAACUUAAA